AGAAGGAGACUGGUGGCUGGCGCGCUCCCUGACCACUGCAGAGACUGGUUACAUCCCCAGUAACUUUGUGGCUCCAGCUGACUCCAUCCAGGCAGAAGAUGAUGUCAGUCUGACUGUGGAGCCCAGGUGGUACUUUGGUAAAAUCACACGGCGGGACUCUGAAAGGAUGCUGCUGCAUUUAGAAAACAAGAGGGGCACCUUCCUGGUGAGAGAAAGUGAAACGUCCAAAGGUGCCUACUGUCUGUCCAUGUUGGACUACGACAACCAGAAAGGGCUGAACAUCAAACACUACAAGAUCAGGAAGCUGGACAGCGGGGGGUUCUACAUCACGUCCCGUACACAGUUCAGCUCCCUGCAGCAGCUGGUGGCUCAUUACUGCAAGCACGCCGACGGCCUGUGUCACGUCCUGACCGACAUCUGUCCCCUGCCCAACCCUCAGACUCAGGGCCUGUCCAAGGACGCCUGGGAGAUCCCCAGAGAGUCCCUUCGGCUGGACGUGAAGCUGGGGCAGGGCUGCUUCGGAGAGGUGUGGAUGGGAACGUGGAACGGUACCACGCGGGUGGCCAUCAAGACUUUGAAGCCGGGCACCAUGUCGCCGGAGGCCUUCCUGGAGGAGGCUCAGGUCAUGAAGAAACUCAGGCACGAAAAGCUGGUCCAGCUCUACGCCGUGGUGUCCGAGGAGCCCAUCUACAUUGUGACUGAGUACAUGAGCCAAGGCAGCUUAUUGGAUUUCCUGAAAGGAAACAUGGGAAAUAUCCUGCGGCUCCCUCAGCUGGUGGACAUGUCCUCACAGAUUGCUUCAGGGAUGGCCUAUGUGGAGAGGAUGAACUACGUGCACAGAGACCUGCGAGCUGCAAACAUCCUCGUKGGAGAAAACCUGAUUUGUAAAGUUGCUGAUUUUGGUCUGGCUCGCCUCAUCGAGGAUAAUGAGUAUACUGCCAGACAAGGAGCAAAGUUUCCCAUCAAGUGGACGGCUCCUGAAGCAGCUCUUUACGGACGCUUCACCAUCAAAUCUGACGUCUGGUCCUUUGGGAUCCUGCUGACUGAACUGGCCACCAAAGGCCGAGUGCCGUACCCAG